AUAAAUCUAACUCUUCUCAGAUCUCACAUUCUCUUUUGGGUCCUCUUCCCAGUUCUCAUCUUACUGAAAUCUUCGUUCUCACUGUUCCAUAAUGAUAAGAGAAACUCAGUGACCUACCAUUCUUAGUCAUAUCAUAGAGAUUUUUUGGUUUCAGAAUAUGAAAGGUUUCUGGGUUUCGUUCGCUUACUUGGUUUCUGCAAUUUUUCUUGUUCUGCUUGCUCACAUUUCAACUGCACAGCUAACAGCAAGUGAGAGUAGAAUUCUAUUCCAAGUUCAGAAAAUUCUUGAAUAUCCUCAGGUUCUUCAAGGAUGGAACAACUGGACCAAUUUCUGCUAUCUUCCUUAUUCACCUUCUCUCCAGAUUGUCUGCUCUAACGGUCAUGUAACAGAAUUAACAAUCAUUGGAAACCAAACCUCUCCUUCCAUUCAUAUUCUUUCUGAAAGAUUUUCCAUUGAUUCUUUCUUCACUGUCUUGACAAAGCUUUCAAAUUUGAAGGUACUUUCACUAGUGUCCUUGGGUUUGUGGGGUCCUUUACCAGACAAGAUCAACAGGUUCAGCUCUCUUCAAGUUCUGAACUUGAGCUCAAAUUCCAUUCAUGGGGAGAUCUCACCAUCAAUCUCUUCCAUGAAAAGUCUCAGGAGUCUGCUUUUGGAUGGUAAUUUGUUCAAAGGAACUGUCCCAGAUCUUAAAAGACUAACUUCUCUUGAAGAACUCGAUCUGGGAAACAACAAACUAGGUCCUGAGUUCCCUUCAUUAGGUAAUAAUCUUGUUAGUUUAGUAUUGAGAAACAAUUCUCUGAGGUCUAAACUUCCUUCGAAGUUUAAUCAGUUUGACAAGCUUCAAAAAAUUGAUAUUUCCUCCAAUGAAGUUUCUGGAAACAUCCCAUCUGCUCUGUUCUCUCUGCCUUCCAUUCAGUAUGUGAACCUUGCAGACAACAAACUAAGCGGUUCCCUUUCAGUGAACAUUAGAUGUGGUUCUUCUCUGACCUUCGCUGAUAUUUCAAACAAUCUUUUGGUGGGAAGAUUGCCGUCCUGCAUUGGGUCAAACUUAAAGUCCUCAAAUCGCACGGUUUUGUAUUCUGGGAAUUGCUUAUCCAUAAGAGGCUCAAAAGAUCAACACCCAACUUCAUAUUGCAAGAAAGAGGAAGCUUUAGCCACUAAACCUCUUGAAGGAAGCCAGAAAAAGUCAGGUAUGAAAUUAGGCUUGAUACUUGGUAUAAUUGGAGGGUCUGUAGUAAUUUCAAUGCUUUUAGCUCUGAUCAUUCUUCUCAUCUUGAGGAAGACCAAAGCAGAAAGAGCUGAUAAUUACCUAGACAGAUCUGUUACUGAUAAAUCCCCUGGUCAUGCGUUCCCAAGACCAAAUACUGAUACAAGACGAGUUCCACAGACUACGAGGCUGGCAGCGAUUGGACUUCCACCAUACAGAAUCUUCACAGCAGAUGAAAUAGAGGAGGCAACAAACAAUUUUGACCCAUCAAAUCUUAUGAGAGAAGGAUCAGAGGGACAGCAAUAUAAAGGUUGGAUCAGAGACGGGUCUGUGGUCCUGAUUAACUGUGUAAAGCUAACGCACAAGAAUGUGACCCAAAACCACAUUGAGGUGUUGUCCAAUUUAAGGCAUAGGCAUUUGGUAAGCGUUAUUGGACACUGCCUAGUAGCCUCUCAAGACCAUCAUCAGACAACAAGCACACUCGUUCUUGUUUGUGAGCAAUUCUCAAAUGGGUCAUUGAGGGAUCAUUUAACAGAUUGGAGAAAAAAGGAAGUGCUGAAAUGGCCACAAAGAAUGGCGAUCACCAUAGGAAUUGCAAGGGGAAUCCAGUUCUUACAUACAGGGCUUGUUCCUGGUAUAUAUGGCAAUAACAUAAAGAUUGAGAAAAUCCUUUUGGAUGAUAGUCUCAGUGCAAAAGUUAGUGGAUAUAACAUUCCAUUGCUAUUCAAUGAAAUUGACAGCGCUGACAAUACCGCAGAAAAGGAAGAUAUAUAUCAGUUUGGUGUUAUUCUACUGGAAGUUAUAACUGGCAAAUCAAUUACUUCUGUCAAUGAAGUAGAGGAACUGAAAGAUGAGCUGGAGAGAAGCUUAUCAGAAGCCGCAUCAGUACUUAGAGGAGUGACUGAUCCUUCAAUCAGGGGAAGUUAUGCGUACGAAUCCAUGAGAACCACAGUUCAGAUUACCAUAAGUUGCCUCAAUAAAGUUCCUAGCACGCGUCCUUCAAUAGAAGAUGUUCUCUGGAAUUUGCAGUACUCAAUUCAGGUCCAAGAGAACUGGACCAGCAGUGGAAAUCUCGGACUCGGUACCAGAUUUUAGGCCUCCUAUUCAAAGUAUACGUCUGCCCAAGGUCGUUCACACAGCUCAUUAAUCAGAGAAUUAAUUCAUGCGUGUAAAUAUCUAACAACUCCUGCAAUGUCACUAAAGAUGCAUUCUUCAAUAUUACAGUAAAGUAUCUGUCACAUUGUGAUUGUUUAAGGAAACAUGUUUCAUAUUUUAUUAUCUGGAAAUUGUGAUUUCUCCGUUUGAUUCUUGUUGGUGAUUGUCCUAGCAAUCUAAUGAUACGUAAAAAGUGCAGUAAUCAAACAUAAGAACAGUCAAAAGAAACACAAUGCCUAGAUA